AUGGCCAGCACUGGGAACUGCCUCAUCUUUUUGAUCAUCGUCUCGUUUGUCCAAGGCAGCCCUCCACCGUACUGGACCAGUCCACCAACAUGCUACUCCAAAGUGCUGGACAUGGGGAGGGAUGUCAGUGCGCGUGUGGCAGACUUAAAGACUGACCCUGAAACUAGUCAUUGUGCUGACCACAUGCCGUACCUGUACAUUGAUGUGCAUAAUGCUUGCAUCAUGGAGACGAUGCUUAGCUUCAUGACCAUGAUCGAGCGCAUGCGGCAGAGACGCUGUGCGUACACACGCAAAGUCCAGGAGCUGCGCAUGAAGUUACGCCAGCUUCACAUGAUCAUCUCCCAGAGGUGUCAUGGGGACCUGGUGUUCACAAUUGAUAACUGUGGAGCAUUGGAGAGGAGAAGAACUUCCUAA